UGAGCAGCCUGGACGUGCUGCAGCGGCUGGAGCAGGCCCUGGAGGCCUGCAGUCGCUUGCAGCUCCAGCCAGGAAGACCUUCACCUGUGGCUGGGGCCGACAUCGAGAGGGAGCUCCUGGGGCCGGCCGGGGCUCAGGCCCACGCUGGGGACGCAGCGCUAUGUGCUGCUGAGAGGCAGAUGUUGGAGCAGGCUGUACUGAAAGAGAUGGCCUGGUUCAAGAGCACAGCGCUGAAUCUUGAAAAGCUGAAGACCAUUUCUCUGGAUCCAAAUCUCAUAGCGGAACAACUCUAUGAGCAGAAGAUUUUGGCCGUGGAGAUUCUUCAACAUAGGUUUAACAUCGAAAAGAUGGUGAAGAUUUCUGAAAUCCUGCUCACAUACAGUGAUGAAGGGGAGACGGGUGAACUGCAGAACACAAUUGAGGCCUUACAGGAACAAUGCAACACUACCGCAGCCACCAAUUCCCACAUGGUGCUGCACCUUGAGCAUGCUCAGUCGCUCCUGCUACAGUUCUCAGAGGGCAUUGCCGAGGUUUCGCCAUGGUUACAAGAAACCCAAGCCCUUAUUGGCCAGCUCUCACUGAGCACCAUUAGCUACGAAGCCUUCCGGGAGCAACAAGACCUGUUUACAGGGUCUGCGGGAGUCCAUCGCAGAACACAGGCCCCUGGUCGCCAGGCUGUGCUCCGUUGGCAAGCGCCUGUCAGAGCUCAACCCCGGCCAGGGGGAGGAGUUCCACAGGCAGGCCACUGAGGCCGAGCAGCGGCACAGUGCCAUCAGGGACCGGGUCAGGGAGGCUGCCGCACUGUUGGAGGAGUCCCUCCCUCGCUUCGCUC